ACUGAAUUGGAUUCGCUUUCCAAUGCAUCAUGGUGAGAUAAAUUUUCCAUUAAAGUCUACCUUAAAAUAGUUUCUUCUAGGGUAAACAACGUGAGGAAGCAAUAUUCAUUUAUAAAGUUAAUCAGAUUCAUAUUACUAGUAAAAGUUUGCUAGUACCUUACUUUAUUAGUUUCUCACCUCAACCCUUCUGUAAUCCUACGACAAACAUCUGGCUGUAGUCUGACAACCUGCAAUCUUCCAUAAUGACAAUGGACAAGGGAAAGGGUCGUGCUAUGGAAAUAGAUAAUCCCAUACAGGAUGGAUCAACUCUUCCCUGGGUGGAAAAAUAUCGUCCUUCUGGAUUAGAGGAUGUAGUUGCGCAUAAAGAUAUCAUUUCUACAUUGGAUCGAUUUAUCAGCACAAAUAAAGUCCCCCAUAUGUUGUUUUAUGGUCCCCCAGGAACAGGAAAGACAUCUACUAUUCUUGCUUGUGCUCGCAAGGUUUAUGGCCCUCAAUUUCGCAACCAAGUAAUGGAACUGAACGCUAGUGAUGACCGUGGUAUUGAUGCUGUCAGAGAACAAAUAAAAAACUUUGCAAGCACACGUCAAAUUUUCUCAUCUUCUUUCAAAAUGAUUAUUUUGGAUGAAGCUGAUGCUAUGACUCUGGCUGCCCAAAAUGCACUUCGAAGAGUCAUUGAAAAAUAUACCAAAAAUGUUCGGUUUUGUAUCAUUUGCAACUAUAUCAACAAAAUUGCUCCUGCUAUUCAAUCACGGUGUACACGCUUUCGUUUUCAACCACUUCCUUCUUUAGAAAUUGAAAAGUACGUUGACCACGUUAUCAAUAAUGAGCGCUGUAAUAUAGAUUCAGAGGCUAAAGGUGCUCUUUUGAAAUUAUCAAGAGGUGACAUGCGUAAAGCACUUAAUAUUUUGCAAGCUUGCCAUGCUGCUUACGAACAUAUUGAUGAGUCCUCGAUUUAUAACUGCGUUGGUCAUCCUCAUCCGUCGGAUAUAGAUUAUUUUAUCAAGUCAAUUAUGAAUGAAGAAUUCGUUACUGCUUACAAUGCUAUCAAUUCCAUUAAGCAGCAAAAGGGUUUGGCUUUACAGGAUAUAAUUACUUGCAUUUUUGAAGCAUUGGACGAACUUCAAGUACCGGCAAAUACACGCAUAUUCAUUUUAGAUCAAUUGGCUUCCAUUGAGCAUCGUAUGUCUUUUGGUUGCUCAGAGAAAAUUCAACUGAGCGCUAUGAUUGCAAGUAUUAAGUCUGGUGUGGAUCUAGCAGCUAAAAGCUAAUGAAGUCCUCACAUUUAAGAAAAUAGUGAUUGACAAGUUAUCACCAAUUCAGAUAGAAAGUAAUAAAAGAAACUAUUGUAAAUGCAUACUAAUUACCGCUGAGUAUCCUUAAUCUUAAAUUCCUUUCAAAAUAUAUUUUCC